UAGACACCUGUCUUUUCAGAGUGUUGCUAUCAGGCUCCAUUUGCAGUGCGUUUGGAGCUCGGCUGCGGCUGCUGGGGGGGCGUGAGGUCAGCAGUGGGGGGCCGAGGUCAGCGGUGGGGAUCUGUCCUCAUACAGGCACAGCAUGUGGAUAGCCCUGCUGGCCCUCUGCCAGGUCUCAUCGCUCCACGGGACCGCCGGGUUUCAUGGUGACCGCAGGGUCUUCUCGCCUCAGAACUGCUCCUUGGAUUGCAUCCUUAAGGGAGACUCAGCUUGUGAAUACUGCAGGAUCACCAGAGGAGAUGUUAAAAUGACCUUAGGAAUCACCACGGCUCAGAUGUUUGGCAGUAAGUUGGGAGUACUGACUGCAUGGCAAGGUCGGCCUUUCCCAGGCUGUGUGCCCCUCCCCUGUCUCUCCUACCUCGCCACACCACAGGGCUCUGACCCAUGCCAGCAUUACGUCCAUGCGCCCAUCAAUGUCACUGUGGAGUUUAUGACCAAUCAGAAUCCCACGUAUGACACAGUCAUCAUCUCCUGGAGACCCAGUAUAUACGGUAUUGCCUUUCUUCGGGGCUUCCAGGUGUCGCUGCAAGCUCUGGGAGGGGCUCACGUGGAGUGCCAGCUGUUUCUGUUCCAGCGAAACCUCUCUCUGUCUGCCAGCCACACUGAGAGGGUGUACCAGUCUGAUCCCAUCUCCCAGUUACCCCUGGCUUCCCAGUUUGUCGUUACUGUCAUGGCUCUUCCUGUUCCAGAGCUUUGGGACAAAUUCUACCAGAGUGUGCACUUCUCUACACGCACAUGCCCAGAGAAGAAUGGCUUGGAGCAAUGCCAGAGGGACUGGUACCCAGAGAAUGUUGAAUUGCGUCAAGAGGGACUUGACAUUGUUGUAACCUUUAACCUCGCUCCUCCACAUCUGGGAAUCAGCCAUUAUUUUUCAUGGUGCUAUGGUGGGGGCAUGCGCAACUACACAGAGAUCAAAACUAAUCCCUCAAGCAACAAAACACACCACAGUUACCAUCUGCUUGGCCUCCAGGCUGGAACCAACUACUCGUGUGAAAUUGCUGCAGAUGUGGUGGAUGCAAUCAGGAAAACAUUCUCCUUUCGAGUCUCACCACUAAAACAAGAUGAUGGACCAUUUAUGGCCGAGACCAUCAUCCCUGCUGUGCUCCUGUUCGCUGCCAUCGUGGUGGUUUUUGUGACGGCAGCUAUAACUGUGGUUAGCAAGAGGAAGAUGAAGAGGAGGCAGAGGGAGAUAGAGAAAAUCAAGCCAUUUGGCAGCAAGCUUGCAAGUGAAGAGCACAGCCUGGUGUUGAUUGGCAAGCCCCAACCUCCUAAGCUCCUGAUUUGCUACUCCAGCACCGAUGGUCCCGCCCAUGUCAGGGUAGUCAUGGAAUUGGCUGCCUUUCUUCAGCAGCAUAUGGCUGUACAGGUGAGCUUGGACCUGUGGGAGGUUCUGAGCCUGAUGGAAGAGGGCUGCAUGAGCUGGUAUAGCCAACGCAUCCAAGAGAGCGAUUUUGUGCUGGUGAUCUGCUCCCAGGGGCUGCAGCAGCAGAUAAUUGAUCGGGGUCAGAUGGGACUAGAGGCAGAUCCAGGAGAGGGUGCUGCAGCAGCGCUGGCAGCCAUCUGCCUGGUCGGCGAGGAGCUAGGCCGUGCUACCGCCCAAGGCUGGGACUUGUCUAAGUUCUUGACGGCCACCUUCACAUACUCAUGGGACGCAGACGUUCCAGGGUUGCUGGGUCUGGCUGCCCACUACACCCUGAUGAAAGAUCUGCCCCUUCUCUUCUCACACCUCCAUCGGGUGCCACUGCAUAGCCCUGGGCGGAGCCUGCAAGUGGAGCACAUGACAGAAGAGACGUACAGUACUCUGCCUGCUGGAGGCGCUCUCCACUGGGCUAUCCAAGAGGCCAGGGUGGCUUAUGAGGAUCAAAAGAGGGCCAUCAGAGAGGCCAGAAGGUGAUACAUGGUGUUAAGUGGCAGUUAUUCAGUCAUCAUCUUACUCUACGAAUGUGCGAGCAGGUCACCUGCAUGUUGGAUAAACCUGUUGGUGAAGCAGUUAAAUAAUGAGAGAACUGCACAGAAUGACACGGUUUAAGGGCUAAACCCGCAAAACUGGGAGCACUGGUCUUUUCACCAAUCUGAGUAGCAAAACGUGACUGACUACUGAGCAAUUUUUACUCAUCAUAACUGUCAGCUUGGCAAGCAUUACUACAUCUUGGAACUUGCAAGCCAAUGUUUUUGCUGUUCAAACAAAUGUGAAUAGUAUCCAUUAUGUAAUUCUUUUUGUAUUUAGCCUUGUCCUUUAGAUGGUUUAUCAGUUUAAUUUAAUGUAAUUGAAACAUUAAAGUUAAUUCAAUGAAUAGCUCAUCCAUCCCAAAUUAAGAAAAAAUCAUUUUAAACUGAAAUUUCAAACUAACAUGGACACUAAGGACCAAGAUCAAGAAGCACAAAGACAACUAGCAAAAUUCUGAAUAUAUUCCAUUGACUUGGGUGGUCUGGCCACUUACAGAGCUCGCAUUUGUGAAUACUUCUGAAGAACAGUUGACCAAAAGGGUGUCCAAGAUUAAUGCUGUACCCAGAGUACAGACACAAUACAAUGAUCGAGAUGCUCCCGGCUAUGUGAAAGGUUGACAUCUGGGUUGCCAACGUUGUUCUGCUGGCUGGAGUGAGAUGGAGUGAGACAAGUCCGCACGCACAUGCACACGCAUUUACAUGUAUGUAACAGUUUAAUUACCCUAAUGUAAGGGUCUGUAGGGUUUGCAAACUACCCUAGCGCUUUUGGUGUAGCUAAUUUUAGGUGUAUAAUAGAAUAAGCGUUAACAUUUCUUGCGUGUCCAUGAAAGCACGAUGCGUGAUUCACUUGCCAGAUGCGUGAGAGUUGGCAACCCUGUGACACUGAUAAUGUAAUAUAACGUAGAAAUGGUUUCCGAGACUCCACAGUGCUUCAUUUUGAUAGCUGCUGUAGAGACUUACUGAUCAUUAAAUGUUUAUUUUGUCAUUUUGGUCAAAACUACAAUUUUAUGCAGGUCCAGUUAAUAAGGUGAUUUGUUUUACCUAAUAGUUUAACAUUCAGUUUAGAAGCAGUUAGAAAAUUAUAAAAGCAGUCACUUAAAAUCCUGCUAAAAUUAAACACGAACGAGUUUCACAGAAAAUCACUACACUCCCGCCUUGCUAAGGUGUGUGAGACCGGAUCGCCGCCAAAAAAAUUCUUGUUUGCGCUCCACCUAAAUAAUACACGCUAGUUACUUGGCGCCUGAAAUUGCUCGUUUGGUUAAACGAGUUAGCAGUCACGGAACCAGCUUACAAUCCUGUUUUAUAUUUCUAAUACUUUGUACUCUGUAAUUUCAAUGAAGUAUGUAUAUUUAAUUUCAGGUGCUAUAUUGUCAACCAUUAAAAUGCCAGUUUAACAUUUGAACGGCUUAUUUGUAUAUUAUCAGGUUCACUUAAACCAUUGCCUUCGAGAUUCUAGUCUUAUUUAGCCUUUGUCAGUUUUGCCGCAUUCGGUUUCAUAUGAUCAAAAACUCAUACUACCACUAGAGGGCAGGAAUACAUUUCCAUUUGUUUAUUUAGCAGAGCCUUACAUGUGAGGCAGAUCGCAAGCACACGUUCAGUUGUUGACCCAUUUUAACCACUAGGUGGUGAAUGGCUGUUGCCGUAAACGAAAAAUAACAAAUUAAUCUGAAAGACUUUGACCUGCCUAGUACAGAAUGUUCGUUUAACAAAAGCCCGGUUUUCCAAUAUGCAAAUACAUGCCCCUUAAAUUCUUUUCAAAUGCUCUCAUAAUAUUAAGGUUUAUGUGUUUUUCCCAAGUGUAACUUUCAAAUUUUGAGGAACUUGACUGAUCCUGUGCAGCCUGGAAGUGUUUCUGGUCAGCCUCACAGUAUUUUUUUCUUUAAUUAUUGUUAUUCUAUGUUUUUAAAAAAAAAAUCAUUAAUAUGUUUUCUUAAAACCAACAACAAUGGAUGAAACUUCUUUUGUCCUUCCAUCAAGGCAAAGACUCCUUUGUAUAUUCCAUCUUUUACCAUACAUUUUUAAAUAUUAGAUGGAUUUUUAUGUCAUAUUUCAAUAAACAUGUGAAUUAUA